UCGCAACCAAACAGACCCUUACACACCACGCCAAGCCGCCCGCAGCGUCGCCGUGAAAAAUUCCCAAACUCCUUCACCUCCCCUCCCGCCCAAAUCCCUAACGCCUAACCCCUCACAGCCACCGCUCCGCGCCCUCCCGCUGGCCAUGGGGGCGCCGCGAGAGCUCGAGCUCUCCGACGAGGUGGAGGGAGAGGAGGACGGCACCACCGACUUCGUCUUCCGCCUCGCCGGAGACCCUAUCCCGCUCCUCCCGACCGAUUCCAACCCGCUCCCGCUCUUCGACCUGCUGUCCCCUCCCGCGCGCCCGCUCGUCGUCUCCGACCGCCACGCCACCGUCUUCCUCGCCCACCCCAGCGGGUUUAUAGCUGUGAGGACGAAGGAGUUGAUCGAAGCCAGCAAGGAGGCGCGCGAGAAGGGAAAGGCGAGCACCCGCUGCGCGCAGGACUGCUGCGUCGCCGACGUGCCCCUCCCUGGUGUAUCUCUCAUUGCGCUCUCCCAUGAUGAGUCUGUGUUAGCCGCCUGCACUGAUACUGAGAUCCAGUUCUUCUCGUUGGCGUCUCUGCUCACACAUAAGGAUGUGGUACCAUCCUCAUCAUGUAGCCUGGGACGAGUUGGCACUGUGAAAGAUUUCAAGUGGUUAAAUCAUGCCUCUGCAUCAUAUAUUGUACUCUCAAAUGGUGGGUUGCUGUGUCAUGGGAGUUUGGGUGAAGGCCUGAAGGAUGUGAUGGAAAAUGUCGAUGCAGUUGACUGUUGCAAGGAAGGAAAUCAUAUUGCCGUUGCAAGAGGGAACAAACUUACCAUAUUAUCACCAGAUUUUAGGGAAACAUCCUCCAUGUCCCUCUUGUUCCAGUUGUGGUCUGAUGAAAGUGAUUCAGAGGGCACUACCAUCAAAGUGGAUUCCAUUGGCUGGGUACAUGGUGAUAGUAUUGUUAUUGGGUGUGUUCGAUUAAAUGAAGAUGACAAUGAAGAAGGAUAUCUUGUUCAAGUUAUAAGGACUGAAGAAAGCACAUUUUGUGAGAGCCCAGGCAAGCCAGAUGUUUAUACCUAUGUUGAUUUUUUCCAUGGCAUUAUGGAUGAUGCUUUACCACCCGGAGUUGGACCUAAUCUACUUUUGGGUUAUCUGCAUCGCUGGGAUCUCAUGGUGGCUUCCAAUAAAAAGAGCAUUGAUGAACACAUUGCCCUUCUGAAGUGGCCAUCCGCACAUGAUGAUGAAAAAACUGUAACAUAUCUUGAAAUGUUGGAGGAUAAAUACAGUCCUAGGAUUGACUUGCAAGAAAAUGGCGAUGACAAUGUCAUACUAGGGUUUGGUGUUGAGAAUGUUUCAUUAUUUCAAAAGAUCACUGUAACAGUUGGACCUGAACAAAAGGAGGUUGCCCCUCAACAUAUUCUACUCUGUUUGACUGGUGAAGGCAAACUAGCUGUAUAUUACCUCGCCAGGAUUUCAGACCCUUCUGAUUUACCUCAUGCUACUGUGUCUACCAAUGAGGACUAUGAUGAAAAACAUAUUUCACCCGCAACUGUAUCUGAAAAGGAGUUGACUCCAAGUGUUACAGGUUCAGUAUCUAAGAGUACUCUCACAGAACAUGGUGCUGAGCCCUCGAGUGCACAAAAAGGAAACUCUGAAGCACCUCAAUCAUUGCAUGGAUCACCUCCGUCACAGCAAUCUAUGGGCAAAUCACAUAACAGCAGGACACAAGUACCAGCAGACUAUUCUAGAAACUCCAAGAUGGGCACAAGAUUCGAUUCUGCACAAGACUUGUCUAAAAAGUUUUACAGUAUAAAUGAAAUGACGAAGGGGUUAGAUGCCCUACUAGCGUAUAUAGAAAAGGAUGGUGGUUUCAGAGAUGCCUGCAUAACCUUCCAGCAGCGUCCUCUUUCUAUGUUUGAGGAUGGCUUGCAAAACCUUUUGGAGUUGUUGCAGGUCUUCAAGGGUAAAGUAGAGGAACAAUGUUCAAAAAUUGAAGAUCUGAGGAACAAGGUGUUUCAAGUUUCUGCUAGGCAAACUUACAUGAAAGGAAUUGUUAGCCAGUCUUCAGAUAAUCAGUACUGGGAUAUAUGGAACUGCCAGAAAUUGAGUCCAGAAUUCGAAGUGAAGAGACAAAUUAUCCUCAAAGCUAACCAGAAUUUGACAAAUCAGCUGGUCGAGUUGGAGAGGCACUUCAAUAAUCUGGAGAUGAACAGAUCCAGUGAAACAGGAAGAGUGGCUUCUAAUCGAAGAGCUGUUUAUUCUAAUAAGACAAGGUCAAGUCAGACACAAUUAUCCAGUGUAUAUAAUGCACUGAACUCGCAGUUGGCAGCUGCUGAGCAGCUAUCUGAAUGCCUUUCAAAGCAGAUAUCUGUGUUAAAUAUUGGUUCUCCUACUAGGAAGCAGGGGGCGGUGACCAAAGAGUUGUUUGAGUCAAUUGGUUUAGCCCAAACAACUGAUGCAACCAAAUUUUCAGGCAGCACUCCUAAGCCAAUUAAGCGGUUUCCAUCGGUGAAUGAGCAUUCAAAGGGAAUAUUAGGGCCUUCCAAGAGUGGUGAGCCUGAGACCGCUCGAAGGAGGAGAGAAUCACUGGAUAUGAGCCUGGCUAGUUUGGAACCUCAGAAAACAACUGUUAAAAGAAUAGCACCGCAACAACGCCUCAAGAUCAGCAGUGAUCUACCAUUCAGGUCAAACAAGAAAAUAUUUGAUUCUCAAAUGGCAGCAAUAUCACAUGAGAAGUCAAGCGGUAGCUCCAAUUCAUCUAUGGUAGAAUCAUAUGUAAGCAGACUGCGUUCUCUGAGUGAAGAUGUAAAAGAAAAACCGUCAGGACCCCAACAGAACACUUUGUUCAAAUGGGUAAAGGAAUCAACUGGGUCAUCUCAAAUGUCAGAGCAAAAGCAUUUUGAGUUACCAGGGCAAAUGAAAAGCACUGCGCAAUCUUCAAAAUUGACACCAUCUUCACCACCAUCAUUCAGUUACACACGUAUGGGUGCAGAAGAUAGUAUCAACCCAUCCAGUGUUCCAUCCUUUGGAACAAAACAUACUGUAUCUAAGCCAAAUACUCUAACCUUCAAAACCACUAUAACCCCUAAAAGUAAUGUCCACACAGAGCCAAAUAUAUUACCUUCCAUAACAGCUGCAAAAACUUCUCAGAGUCCACUGUCUGUGAAAACUACUGGGGAGUCUGGAGAUUUGCCUACAUUAACUAUGAAGAACAGACAGGAUAGUCAGUCAAUGCCAUCUUUGGGGAACAUAAAAGGACCUGGUGCUUCUCUGCAGAACAAGGGUGGCAUAUUCGGAGAUCUUGGCAAAUCGUCUUUAACUUCUGAACAUUCCAAGCCUGCUGUAUCACAUGAGAAGACUGACCCGCUAAGUGGGGUUGGCGAUGCUGUACAGGACACUAUGAAAGAUACCCCCAAAAUGGCACCUCAACCUUCUGCAUUGUCACCAGCUCCUGUUACUCAGACCAAUUCAUACUCCUUAAGGCCGACUGUUUCCUCUUCAGCCACAUCAGUCUCAUCAGGUGUGAAAACUUCGGAUGUUUUAUCUAGCUCAAUGCAGAAAGUUUCUCCAACAGUAUCUGUGGAUACUGUGUCUAGUUCAAUCCCUACUCUUGCUAAGGAUUUGUCAACUGGCUUGAGUCAAAAUGCUUCCAAACCUGAAACACUAAUAUCAGAGGUAACUAGUACCAUAGUUUCUGCAAGUUCGAUUUCAGUCAUAUCGACCACUGAAAGCAAAUAUUCAGUGCCUCCAACAACUGGCGCCAGCUUGCCUUCUACUCAUGUCUCUGUUCCUAAAACAGCACCAACAACAUCAGAAUCAGUUCUUACUUCCACAGGAAAAGAUGUAGGACCAAACACUAACACCAUCUCAACCGAUGAAGACGAUAUGGAAGAGGAGGCGCCUUCUGCAAGUGCCGAACUCAACUUGGGAGCCCUUGGUGGGUUCAGCCUCGGGUCCCAGCCUUCUUCAAGUCCUCAAAAGUCUAAUCAUUUUGGUGCCUCCUUUGGUACAUCUGACAAUAAUAGUUCAGGCACACCAUUUACUUUGACAACCAGUCCAGGACAGCUUUUCCGGCCGGCGUCGCUAAGCAUUCCUUCAGCUCAGCCAGCCCAACCAUCUCAAUCAACUAGUUCUAGUUCUUUUUCUAGUUCGUUCUCAAGCGGGCUUACUGGAUUUGGACAGCCUGCACAAAUUGGAUCUGGCCAGCAGUCAGCAUUUGGGAAGCCUGCACAGAUUGGAGCUGGUCAGCAGGCAGGAUUUGGGCAGACAGCACAAAUUCAAUCUGGUUUUGGUCAGCCUGCACAAAUUCAAUCUGGUUUUGGUCAGUCAGCACAAAUUGGAUCUGGGCAACAGUCAGGAUUUGGCCAGCCUGCACAAAUUGGGGCUGUCCAGUCUGGAUUUGGGCAGCCUGCACAGUUUGGUGCUCAACAGGCACUUGGAUCAGUGCUGGGUUCUUUUGGACAAUCACGCCAGUUAGGAGGCGUAGGUUCUGGAGGAUUUGGUGGAUUUGCUAGUGCUUCUACAUCUGGGGGUUUUGGUUCUUUAUCUUCAAGUAAUGCUGGAUUUGCUGGUCCUGCAUCAGGUGGGGGCUUUUCAGCACCUGCUGCUUCUGCAGGUGGUGGUUUUGCUGCUGCUGCUGCUGCUACUGGUGGAGGUUUUGCUGCUCCUGCCUCCAAAAGUGGUGGUUUUGCUGGUGCUGCUUCAUCUGGUGGUGGUUUUGGAGGUGCCACUCAGGGAGGUGGCUUUGGCAGUGGUGGUGGGUUCGGGUCCUUUGGUGGUAACCAAGGAGCUGGGUUCUCGGCAUUUGGAGCAAGCGGAACUGGAAGACCGCCGGCUGAUUUCUUGACACAGAUGAGAAAGUAGGCAUCCCCAGAUAAGUUUAUUCAUUAGCUAUGGCUAGGUGCAAGAGGCCUCGGAGAUAAGUUCAAUUGUGAUGUCACAAAGUUACUUUUAUGUUCCACUCUUCACCUGUAUAGACUUGUUAGGCAGGCCUGCUCGUGUAUCCCUUAAGCGAUGCUAUCAGCGCAGUUGCAGGCCCAGCUACCAGAGCUUGAGGCCUUAGCUUGAAAACGUGUGGAAACAUUCCUCCUACGCGGAGCUGUUGCAGACACAUGACCGCAGGCUGCCCUGGAUGAGCCCUCGCUUCCCUCCAUCUUUUUGAUGAUCAUUUGGGCACCUUUACUGCUAUCUCUUUUGCAAAACACAGCAGAUGCCCACAGGCCACAUCAGCAUCGACGGUUGGUCUUGGAUUCCUGCGGGUUUCUCUCCAGGGCUACCAACUUGCUAAGCUCAGGCUCCAUGGCUGCAUGAAAUGAAAAAAGAGGUCGCCUUAGGGCCUUUGCUUGAA